AUGGUAACGGGUGUGUGUUUCCAGCAUGUUAAGGACAUCAUCCUCCAGUCCAACCCGCUGCUCGAGGCCUUUGGGAACGCCAAGACCGUUCGCAACAACAACUCCAGCAGAUUUGGGAAGUACUUUGAGAUCCAGUUCAGUCGAGGCGGCGCUCCCGACGGAGGAAAGAUCUCCAACUUCCUGUUGGAGAAAAGUCGAGUUGUUUCCCAGAAUCCUGGAGAGAGAAGCUUCCACAUCUACUACCAGCUGUUGGGGGGGGCGACUUCGGAGCAGAGGGAGAACCUCGGGGUCACGACCCCCGACUACUACCUCUACCUCAACCAAUCAGGGACCUACACGGUGGAGGACAUGGACGACAGGAAGGAGUUCACUGACACUAUGGCGGCCAUGUCAGUAGUGGGUCUGUGUGCUGACCUGUCU